AUGACCUUAUCUUUAAUUAGACAACGUGAAGCAAAGGAUGAGUACAUUACACUUCACACUAGUCCCCAGCUCGGGAAGACAAAUUUGCCACAGAGAGAGGAUGAAUUAGAAAAUCUUUACACACGAAACAUGUUUUACAAGGUACGACACCAGAUGUUGAAAGAAGGUAGGUACAUGGUGAAAAACCUAUUGGAGGAAGAGGAUGCAAUAAUUUUGAAGCUUCACAAGUAUGCUGCUGAACAAGGGAAGAGGCAUGUAUAUGUAACCCCGGAGCGUGAUCUCUUUGUUUGUGAAUGCCAAUAUCUUUUGUCAUAUGGGAUACCAUGCCGGCAUAUAUUUGCUUCAAUAAAACACCUACACAUUACUUCAAUGCCUCGAGCACUAAUACUAUCUCGGUGGAUGGUUGAGACUAAACAGACUCACAAUUUUCCAGUUGGCAAUAUGGACGCUACCUUAGACAAACGAGUGGUGGAGAGUGCAAGAUUUGGUGCAAUUAGUAGCCAGUUGGGUGAAAUUGCGUAUCUUGGAUCGAGGAAUCAGUCGACAUACCAUAUUGCAAAAAGUGAGAUUGACAGAUUAUGCGGUAAGCUUAAAGCAGUUGUGGACAUGGGAGACAAGGAGAUUAGCCAUAACCUGCCUCUACACAGGGAGUUUCAAUUCCCAGUGUUGGAUCCAUACUUCACAAAAAGUAAGGGUACAGCAAAGGUACCUGGCUCGAAAAAAGGUACUCGCCGCAAGUGUAGUAUCUGCCAGAAAAGUGGACAUAACAAGUUGACUUGCCCGAUAAAAUGGAAGAAGGAUCACCGGAUUGGAGAGUCAGAUGAAUAUGAAGAUGCAGAAGAAGAUGACCAAUGCUAUGGAAUGGGAUUGAAUGAUGAAUGGGCUGGACAAAACUCAAUGGACUACACACAGCAUGAGAAUGAGACAGAAAAUGAUGUUGUUGACGAUUUAGGCAAUGAACUACAGAAUGAUAAAGUGAAUAAAGUGGGAACACAAGUUGAGGAGGGAAACAAUUGGUGGCAAAGUCCUUUCUAA